AUGCCUCAAGUCCCCGCAGCCUCCAGCCUCACAGACCUCUUCAGUCUGAAGGGCAAAACGGUCGUCGUCACCGGCGCCUCCGGCCCAAGAGGCAUGGGCAUCGAAGCCGCACGCGGCUGUGCCGAAUUCGGCGCCAACAUUGCCCUCACCUACUCCUCCCGACCCCAGGGAGGCGAGCAAAACGCCAAAGAACUCGCCGAGACGUACGGCGUCAAGGCCAAGGCCUACAAGUGCAACGUGGGCGACUGGGAGAACGUGUCCAACUUUGUGAACGCCGUGCUGGCCGACUUUGGGCAGAUUGAUGCCUUCAUCGCGAACGCCGGCAAGACUGCCUCGUCGGGUAUUCUGGAUGGAUCGGUCCAGGACUGGGAGGAAGUCAUCCAGACCGAUUUGACGGGUACUUUCCACUGCGCGAAGGCUGUGGGCCCGCACUUUAAGCAGCGCGGCAAGGGGUCGUUCAUUAUUACUUCGUCCAUGUCGGGGCAUAUCGUCAACUUCCCCCAGGAGCAGACUUCGUACAACGUGGCCAAGGCGGGGUGCAUCCACCUUGCGAAGUCGCUGGCGAACGAGUGGAGAGACUUUGCUAGAGUGAACAGCAUCUCGCCGGGAUAUAUCGACACUGGCUUGUCGGACUUUGUGGACAAGAAGGUGCAGGACCUGUGGAUGUCGAUGAUUCCGUUGGGUCGGAAUGGCGACGCGAAGGAGUUGAAGGGCGCGUAUGUGUAUCUGGCCAGUGAUGCCAGUUCGUACACGACGGGCGGUGAUAUUGUUAUUGACGGUGGAUACUGCGUGCGGUAA